AGUUGCACUUGCGUUUUUCAUUAUUUUGUCGUCAAUUAUCUGCAUCAUUUAGAUAGCCUCUGUCGUUGAAAACCUUGCUGAGAAACUUCAAGAAGAUGAAUUGUCUACAGAUCGACCACCAACUUUUCAGUGCCCGUUACCAUGUGAGUAUAGGCAUGACUUGUGGCGUUAUCUUUUUAUUGCUUCUUGUGUUUUGAACUGUAUGUUAGCACUUGCCGUGGUUCCCUUCAUCGUUAAAAUGAUCCGAGCAGAUCGGGAUGAACCCUUGAUUAGAAUCUAUUCAUUCGGAAUUGGAUUUUUGUUAAGAUCAGAAUUUGAAUUCAUCAUCGUUGUUCCUCUACAUUUGAGCAAUGUUGUAUUAAAAGAUCUCAGCAACGAAGAGCAUGGAUCACUUUUAGAAUAA